AUGGAAAAUUCAAAACUUAAACUUAAGAAGGAAGAGGACAGAAGAAGGACUGUGGAAGAAGAAGUCAGGAGAAAAGAAGAAGAGGAAGAAGAAAGAAGGAAAUUCGAAUGGGAACUGAUACAAAGACAAAAGAAAAACAAAAAAAUAAACAGAAGCGCGGACAGGAUCACACAAUCAACGAUAUUGGAAGAAGAGAAAGAAGAGGAGAAAGAACAAGAAACAGGAGGAGACGAAAGUAGCGAAGGGGCGCUACUUAAGAAAAUUAUGUUUGGAUCAGAAUCGGGGAAAAAAAGGGAAAGGCAAGAAAGUAGAGUAGAGGGAGAAAUUGAGAAUAAAAAAGAAAAAAAAGAGGGAGAGGAGGAGGAAAUAGACAAUAAAAUUCUGGAGAUUAAAAACAUGGUGGGAGGGGAUAAAAAAUUAAUAAAAAAAUUGGAGGAGCUGGGGGAACUUAUAUCUAAUAAAAAUCUGAGAAAAGUGGGAAUGAGGUACAGGGAAUGCACGGAAGAGGAAGAAAAACUAAGAAAAAAGGAGAAAACAAAAAAAAUUAUGAAGGAAAUAGAUGCAGGGGAUGGGGAAUAUGAGGUAUGGGAAAGAUUAGCGGGGGAAGAAUGGGAAGAGGAGGUGUAUAAAAAACAAAGUGGGAGAAGGAAAGAGUGGAGAAUGUUUUGA